CGGGGCCUCGUCAGUUUUCCGGUUCCUGUUUUGUCGUUUAACCGCCAAACUUGAAGCAAGUCAGGAUUAUCCGCCGCUGCUGCAGCUCCCGCUCAGAUUAAGAAGGAAAAACUGCUCUUAAUCUCUUGAAGAUGCUUCAUAAUCCGAAGAGACCGUGCCCCGAAACGAUGAACGAGUCCAUGAACGACUCGAUGGAGAAGAGGAUCAAACGGAUUUCUAUCGAGGGCAACAUCGCUGCUGGAAAGUCGACGUUUGUGCGCCUUUUGGAGCAGGAGAGCGCGGACUGGGAGGUAGUACCGGAGCCCAUCGCUAGGUGGUGCAACGUCCAAACAUCAGGCAGCGACUUUGAGGAGCUGACUGCGUCUCAGAGGAGUGGAGGAAACGUCCUGCAGAUGAUGUACGAGAAACCAGAGAGGUGGGCCUACACCUUCCAGAGCUACGCCUGCAUCAGCCGGGUCCGAGCGCAGAUUAAAUCCGCCAACGGGAAGCUUCGGGACGCUGAAAACCCCGUGCAGUUUUUCGAGCGAUCCAUCUACAGCGAUCGGUACAUUUUUGCAGCCAACCUGUAUGAAAGCGUGUGCCUGAACGAGACGGAGUGGUCUGUGUACCAGGACUGGCACGGCUGGCUGCACAAGCAGUUCGGGAAGCACAUCGAGCUGGACGGCAUCAUCUACCUCAGAGCUUCACCUAAGAAAUGCUUGGAGAGGUUGCACCUGAGAGGCCGGCAGGAGGAGCAGGACAUCCCUCUGGAGUACCUGGAGAAGCUCCACUUCAAACAUGAGAGCUGGCUGCAGCACAAAACCAUGAACAUGGAGUUUGAGUAUCUGAACAACGUCCCCAUCCUGACCAUCGACGUGAACGAAGACUUUAAAGACAGCGAGAACAAGAGCGCCGACAUGAUCGAGAAGGUGAAGGACUUCUUGAACACUUUGUGAGGAUGACUCGGACAAUCCAAGAGGGAAUAUUUAAAGUUCUUUUCCAAAUUACCUGCACUGUACUUAAAAUGUGUUUUUGUUUUUUGAUGUGUAUUUAUCAUUACCUGCAAACUGUCCUUCUACAAAGACAAUAAACUUGAAACAAUC